AUGCAUUCUCAAAGGUGUUUCUCCACACAAAUUAAUCUCUUCAUGCCUCCUAAUUUCGGUCCAGUACAGAGGCCAUCAUCCUCCUCUACCUCCAAAAUGACAGUUUACGAGAAGGAACAAGAUUCAACCAUGAAAUCCGCUCAUCAGAAACACCCUGAUUCAUCAUCAUCAUACACCUUCAAUUUCACUUUCCCUUUGAGCAUCCCAUCCACUCCAGAAAAAGCCGCCAUCAGGAUCGUCAAAAACAUGGUUUCUUUCGGCCUGUGCUACUUGCUGUUUGUCUAUGUGGUCCUCUUCAUUACCCUCAUCCCAGCGCGUAAAGUCUCGCUUACUAUCUUGGCGGGCAUCAAAGAAAUCGGUUUCCUGUACCUGAUUUUCCUUCGCUGCCUGCCUAAGUCGCUCUUUCUGAACCACAGCGUCUUCAAGUUCUUGGUUCUGUUUGCUCUGUGCGUUACAGCCGGCGUCUUGAUGAUCGUUACCAAAGCCGGUUUGCAUCUCCUGAUCGUUUUGGUCUCAGCGAUUCCGGUCAUUUUGUUUCAUGCAACAUUAUGGAGGGAGGAACUCAAUUUUGGUACCAACAAAAAUGAUGAAAUAGCCACCUUAGUGAAGGAGGAUGAUAAUAAUAAUAGUAAGACUACUUAUCAUACUCCUGCUGGGGAGACUGUUGCAUUUACGCUUCUUGGUGAUGCUGUUGAUUCUUCUUCAGUCUGA